AUGGCGCAGCCACGGUCACGGCGCCGUACGCGUGCGCGGCCCGUCCCCGCAGAAGGGUGCGCAGGCGCAGCGCCGCGCGCGGGCCAAGAUGGCGGCCGGGAGCGCAUCGCGCUGGGUCGGGGCGGCCGCGGGGCGCGGGGCGGGGCCGGCGGGGUGCGGGUCUUUUCCCCCGGCCCUGUCCCUUCCUCCAGCCGGCCCGGCCCUCACGGCGGCCCCUCUCCCUCCUCUCCCGCAGGGACGAAACGCGCUGCCGCCGCCGCCUCCGCCGCCUUCCACAGCAGCGCGGCCCGCGCCAAGGAGGACUAUUACCAGGUGCUGGGGGUGCCCCGCACCGCCACGCAGAAGGAGAUCAAGAAGGCCUAUUACCAGUUGGCAAAGAAAUACCAUCCUGACACAAACAAGGACGACCCCAAAGCGAAGGAGAAGUUUUCUCAGCUGGCAGAAGCCUAUGAGGUGCUGAGUGACGAGGUGAAGAGGAAGCAGUACGAUGCCUACGGCACGGCGAGCUUCGAGGCGGGCGCGGCCGGGGCCGGGGCCGGCGCGGGGCGGCAGUACUGGAGCAGCGGCCCCUCCAUCGACCCCGAGGAGCUCUUCAGGAAGAUCUUUGGGGAGUUCUCAGGAUCCCCUUUCGGCGACUUUCAGACUGUCUUUGACCAGCCACAGGAGUAUAUCAUGGAACUGACAUUCACCCAAGCUGCAAAAGGUGUUAACAAGGAGAUUGUGGUGAACAUCCAGGACUCCUGUGUGCGCUGCGAUGGCAAGGGACACGAACCUGGCACCAAAGCUCAGCGCUGUCACUACUGCAAUGGCACGGGCAUGGAGACGAUCAACACGGGCCCGUUCGUGAUGCGCUCCACGUGCCGGCGCUGCGGCGGCCGCGGCUCCAUCAUCACCACGCCCUGCGUCAUGUGCCGGGGCACAGGGCAGACCAAGCAGAAGAAGACAGUGAUGGUUCCUGUGCCAGCUGGUGUUGAGGACGGGCAGACAGUUCGGAUGCCUGUGGGGAAGAAAGAAAUUUUCAUUACGUUCAGGGUUCAGAAGAGCUCUGUGUUCCGACGAAACGGAGCCGAUAUCCACUCGGAUCUCCUGAUCUCAAUAGCUCAGGCCGUGCUGGGAGGCACAGCCCGGUGUCAAGGCUUGUAUGAGACAAUCAACAUCACGAUACCCCCUGGUAUUCAGCCAGACCAGAAGAUUCGAAUGAGUGGGAAAGGCAUUCCCAAGGUCAACAGCUAUGGCUAUGGAGACCACUACAUCCACAUAAAGAUAAAAGUUCCUCAGAGGCUGACGGAUCGCCAGCGAGCCUUAAUGAUGAGCUACGCCGAGGACGAGGCCGACGUGGACGGCACCGUGAACGGGGUCACCAACACGGCGUCAGGAAAACGCUCUACUGGGAACUAGGAGCCAGCAGCAGCAGGUCAUCCGUGCAGUUGGGGGUGAAUCUUUCUGGCAGCCAGGCUCUGGAGAACACAGGAUGUCAGCAGCACAGCAAGAAUCCCAGCUGGAGAGGCCAUGGACCACCGAGGCACCAACACAAACCCCACCCACUGUCCUAAGAACUGGCAGUGAAGGAAAACCAGCUUAGCAGAAGUGUGGCUCUCUGGACGCUGCUCCACAACCCCACUGCUGCUGGAAGCUUAUUUGGUAAAAGCUAAAGUUGAAGUAUUGUUUAGAAUCCAAACCAGAGGAAAUGUGAAACAAAUAGUCCAGCACAGAGCAGCAAUAUGCUGUGUGGAGACCAAGCACACCAGCUGCUCACUCAGGUGCCCUUUGGAAUGCCAGGUGUGCUUGGUGAACUCUCCAGGAGACUUGGUGGGUCAGGAAGGUCUAACCUUGUCUUCACGACAGCCCUGCUGCCCUGCACAGCUCCAGGUGGAAUCUCCCUGUGGCUGGGUGUUGUCUGAGCCCAGCUGGCCUGGCUCCCUCACAGCCCUGGGCUUUCUCUAUCCUGCUGAUUGCCUGCACAGAGCAGUGAUGGAAUCUGCACUUUGCCUCAAGUUUAUCCCCCAGAUAACUAAAGUUACCACACAACUGCUGUCGCUUCUGGACUGGUACAAGUUGAUCACUGAGCCCUUUGCCAGUUGGGGACAAAAAUAUUUUAUUACUUUAGUGCAACACCCAUAGCGUAAAGGAUUGGUCAAAGCAUCGUUGUUUUACUUGUGUGAGAGUGCAAGUGAGGUGGAUCACUCCUUCCAGAUGGAGCUGAGCUCUUGCAGUGAGUAUUCCAUGGUUACUGUAGCCUGCUGUGUUUGUGAUACUGUGCAGGUACCAUCAGCCCACAUACUAAUCAGUUCAACACCAGUUAAACAGGGACAUGCUGUAGUCUUGCCCUUCUUAAUUUGCUGAAAUAAAGCACGCGUUGCCUCCUGAUUAAACUUCUGUAAAGUGAUUCUGUACCCAUGUAAAUAAGAUGGACUUCAUAAAGAUAUUUAACACGU